AUGAAUCAGGAUCUUGUGAAAUUUAUGCAACAACUAGGAUUGAUGAAUCAAGCGAACACUUAUGAAGCUGUUAUUGACAGUAAGGUUGAUAAAAAUGACCCAUCAAUAAUUGGUAAAGUUGAAGAGGAUAGAAAGAAUUUGGGUAUGCAUACUAAGGAAAAACUUAAAUGUAACGAAUAUGGAGCUUUAAUUAGUUCACAGGAGAAUCUGAACUAA